AUGUCAUCUCUUCCUACCUUCGAGCCGUAUGUGCUCACCCCUUUUGAUCACUCUACCGCCCCUGUCCAUUUUUCUGGCUUUUUCACUUUCACUCCCGAUGAUCUUCCCAAAUCUAUCUCUGUCUUAGAGGCCGGGGUCUCUCGGCUGGUCACCCUCCUUCCGUUUUUAUCCGGAAAUAUCACCCUCUCCGACAAGUUGCAGGGCAAGGAAAAUGUGUUCGAGGUUCAGCCUCCAACGGCAGAGUUUUUAGAAGACUAUCCGAUGCUGAAGAUAAGACACCAUGAACAGUCCAUCUGCGCCGCCAAAGACAGCUUAUUGAGUGAGGCCUUUCUUCCGAUUGCCUUUGAACAAGCAGCGGAGGAUUUGAGCCCCAUCUUUCGAUUUCAAGCCAAUGUCAUGGUCGACGGAGUCUUUCUCUGCUUCACCUUCAAUCACAUGGCAGUGGACGGUGUGGGCGUAUGGAACGUCGCAAAGUCCCUUGCAGUAUGCUGCAGAGAUCCAGGCGCACCGCCCAACCUUCUCGAAACCGAUGUUUUGCAAGAAGCCCAAUGCCGACGAGCAAUUUUUGAGGCUGCGUCUUCUCGCAACACAAAGGCACUGUCUUUGAAAGAUUGGUUUCCCGCACCAGGCAUAGAUUCCCAGGACCCAGUUUCUGCAAGGCUUGUCCUAGACGCGGAGAAGGUUGCAAAGCUAAGAAACUCAUGUUCUGCCACUCUACGCAUCAAGUUUUCAAGCAACACUAUUGUUAUGGCUGUUUUGUGGUUUUGCUUCAUUCGCGCGCGCUUUGGCCUAAGAAGUACACAAGAAGAGCAAAGUGUAGACGAGUCUUGUCUAGUGGUCGUAUCUGACACCCGCUCUAAGCUACAGCCAAAUAUACCUAUGUCGUAUAUAGGCAAUGUGGUGGUUACUACGGAAGCAUAUAUCCGUAUCGAACCGAUCAUCUCUGCCAUGACUCUUUCUAGUUACGACUCUCGCAGCUCAGGUACUGUUGGGUUGUCCGAUGUCUCCCUUCUUGCAAAUCUCGCAGAAUCGAUCCACAAGGCCAUACAGUGUGUCACCAAUGACUACGUUCGCGACUUGCUCUCAGAUUUUGUCGGAAGAGAGGACUGGACUUCGACCCCUCGUCUGGGCGACAUCUUCGUCAGCACCUUCCGGCCAGUGAAUUUUUAUGAGCUUGAUUUUGGCACGUGCCUUGGAGCGUUGAAAGACAUUGAUAUACCAGAAAACCGAUUUUCUGGAUCUAGCUGGAUAUUGCCAGCCCCCGGAAAAGGCUGUCCGGGAGCAUGGGAAGUGAGACUCACGUUGGAGCCCAUGGUCAUGGAUAGGGUACAGAAUGAUGACCUGAUGAAAUGGCUAAGACCGGAUUAUGUAUCAAAGCUGUGA